AUGGCCAUUCCACCAAGCGUAGAGCUCGCUUCCAUUCGUUCCGACAAGCGUCUCGAGGCUACUCGAUUUAUGGCUUUGGCGUUAUUCGAAGCUCAUGAUGACUUGUUGGGCCUCUUGGGAAAUCACACAGUCGACUCUGUGAGGCUAUGGGAGCAGAAGGAGUGGACAGGGUACAUCGUAACGGUCACCGUCAACUUGCACGAAACUUUGCGAAUAAUCGACCCGGAACCUGUGCAGUUACAGAGCGGCGAGUCUAUUGAUGUGGAGAAGGUGCAGGGCCCGAGCAUGUUGGCCUUGGUUUGCAAUGUGAGGAGACCGUCUUCGUCGCCCACGCCCAUUGGAGCGAGCUCCAGCUCCUCUACCUCCAACAUGAUACCAACCCGAAUCGACUGGAAUGCCCCUGUUCCGUUCCACUCUGCAACCUGA